AUGGAUGGAGACAAUAAGACUAUAGUGACAGAAUUCCUCCUCCUGGGUCUGUCUGGGAAGUCACAGCAGGAAGAGGUUCUCUGUGGGCUGUUCUUGGGGAUGUACCUGGUCACCAUCACUGGGAACCUUCUCAUCAUCUUCGCCAUCAGCUGUGACCCUCAUCUCCAUACGCCCAUGUACUUCUUCCUGGCCAGCCUCUCCACUGUUGACAUCUGCACUUCAUCAGUCACAAUCCCCAAGAUGCUGGUGAACCACAUAGUGGGAAGCAAGUCCAUCUCCUACAGGGAAUGCAUGUCCCAGAUCUACUUCUUCAUCACUUUCAGCAACAUGGAUGGGUUCCUCCUGAGUGUGAUGGCCUAUGACCGUUAUGUAGCCAUCUGUUGUCCACUCCACUACACCUUGAUCAUGAGGCCCAGACUCUGUGUCCUGCUGGUGGCUGCAUCUGGGCUCAUUACCAACCUGCAUGCUCUCCUACACACUCUUCUCAUGGCUCAACUCACCUUUUGUUCCAACAAUGCUGUGCACCACUUCUUCUGUGACCCCUACCCUAUUCUCAAGCUUGCUUGUUCUGAUACCUUCAUCAAUCACCUGAUGGUCUUCACUGUGGGUGCACUGAUAUUUCUGACACCAUUUACAUGUAUCAUUGUUUCAUAUGCUUACAUCUUCUCUAAUGUACUAAAGUUGCCAACUGCAAGAGGGAUAAGGAAAGCCCUGUCCACCUGUGGGUCCCACCUCACUGUGGUCUCCCUCUUCUAUGGGGCAAUCCUGGGGGUCUAUAUGCACCCUUCAUCCUCCUACUCAGUUCAGGAUACUGUGGCCACCGUCAUCUUCACGGUGGUAACACCCCUGGUCAAUCCCUUCAUCUAUAGCCUGAGGAAUCGUAACAUGAAAGGAGCCCUAGGAAAACUAAUUCUCAGAUCCUGA